AUGAAUCCAUCAACCGAUCCCGAUCGGCUUGGCUUGUACUAUGCUCUCUUUUUGCUCGACCUCGUCUUGCAUGCACUCGUCUUCAUGGCUCGUGUUAGCGCCAUAUCACCUCCAUUGAAGAAAAGACUCAUUCAGAAAAUGAACUACCUUUUCCUGACAACAAUUUAUGUCUCAGUAUGUGCUUUAAUGUGUUACGGUACAUAUAUCUUCCUAAACUUUCCUCAAACGGACCAGAUUUUGACAUCACAUCCUUCAAUCAAUCUUUCGAUGCUUUGGACAGGCCACUCUGGCACAAUUAUUUUUACAGGCUUCGGUUUUGUUAUUUGUUUGUCGGGAUGUUUCAUGACCUCAAACAUUAUUCUAGUCUUUAAAUACUCCCGUUUCACGAUUCAUUUGAGUCAAAACACAAGACUAAUGCACGAGCAAUUGACGCGGGUCUCUUUCCUUCAGUUCACUUUUCUCUUCUUCACUUGCCAAUUACCAUUUAUUCUUGCUGUUGUAAUCUCUGCGUCUUUCGGCGAUAAUUUUGGUUGGCUUGCUACAAGUCUCGGGGUGUUGACCAACUUUCAUUAUUCUGGAAAUUGUCUCCUUGUUCUUGCUUUCACAAAGUUUUAUCGUGAAUGGUUGAAAAACUUCUUUAGACAAAAAGUUCUAAAGCUUUGCAUUUGGAUGGAGACAAGGAACUUGCGCCGAAGAAGACAAGAAUAUGGACUACUGGAAGCUAACCAAGACGUUGAACCAUCAAAGCAUAAGCCACCGCCUUCAAUGCCGAUUCUUCCAACGAUCAUUUUUCUCAUGUCAAUGUUCAUUUUUAUAAUCGUGGUACUGGGCUAUGCAACAACAGAAAAAACAGCUAUCAACGAUUUGAUCUCGAGGAGACUAAUGGAGAACAUCGAUGUCGAUAAUAUAAAGAACUACUUGAGAGAGUUAACGAAAGAACCGCAUGUGGCCGGAACUGAUGAAAAUCGGCGAGUCGCAGAAGCUAUCGCCCGAAUCUGGACAGAGAAUGGACUUGAAGGUGUUCACUUCAACAGCUACAAUGUGUUGUUGAACUAUCCCGUUUGGGAAAAACCAAAUACGCUGAAAAUUCACAAAGGAUUUGAAACUUUUUAUCAAACAAAUGGGACCGAGCCGAUGAUUUUACCGGAUGAGCAAGGAGAUCCGUUUGCCGGUAUUCAAUGGUUAGCUUGGUCUCCUCCAGGGCAAGUCACUGGUGACAUUGUUUUCUGCAAUGAGGCUCGUGAUUCCGAUUUUCAAACGCUAAAGGAAUUGGAAAUCAAUGUUACCGGUAAAAUAGCAUUGAUCCGCUAUGGAACUGGUUUUCGAGGAGAUAAAGUGAAGAGAGCGCAGCAUGAGGGAGCAACAGCCGUCUUACUGUACUCGGAUCCGGCUGAAGUGGCUGCAGAGGGAAUUGAUGAAGACAAAGUCUACCCUCACACAGCAUGGAUGCCGCAUGAAGGAGUGCAACGAGGAUCGAUCAUUCAUGGAAUGUUUGGAGAUCCGUUGACACCAGUUUUACCGAGCAAACCGGGAAUCUAUAGGAGUCGUGACAUUGAACAGGCUAAACUUGACGGGAUUUUGCCCUCGAUCCCAGCACUCCCAAUCAGCUACACUACAGCUUUUGAGAUCAUGAAACGAAUGAAUGGACCAUUAGCACCUAAAGAUUGGCAGGGUGGAUUGAAAUUGGAUUACCGAUUGGGUCCCGGUUUGGACAAUGACGCAAAAGUUACGCUUGAGGUUCACUCUAUUUAUGAAACGAAAACGAUCAACAAUGUGCUUGGCUACAUCAAAGGAGCAGAAGAGCCGGAUCGCUUUGUGAUAUUGGGGAAUCAUUACGAUGCUUGGGUCUACGGCUCGUUGGAUCCAAAUAGUGGCACGGCAAUCCUCGCAGAAAUCGCGAACUCUUUCACGAAAACAAUAAAAGAGACUAGCUGGAGGCCAGCCAGAACGAUUUUCUUCGCUGCUUGGGACGCCGAGGAGUACAGUUUGAUCGGAUCAACGGAAUUUGUUGAGGAAUAUUUGCAAAUGCUACAACAACGAGCCGUCACCUACAUCAACAUGGACUGUAUUCAUGAUAAUAAAACUUUAACUUUGGCCACAACUCCUUCUCUUCAUGAUGUUGUGAUACAAGCAGCUAAACGGAUACCUAAUCCGAGCAAAGAAGAACAACAGCAGGGUCGACCAACUCUUUAUGAUACUUGGUAUCAUUAUUAUCCGGAUGAAAAGUAUAAACACCGACCGUGGAUGAAAAUCCCAUCCGGCAACUCGGACCAAGCUCCGUUCCAAAACUUUGCCGGCAUCCCUGUGAUUGAUUUUGCUUUCAAGAACAAUAGCCCAAUCGACUAUCCUCUUUAUCAUUCCAUGUACGAGACACCGUUUCUCAAUGAGCAUUUGGUCGAUUGGGACAACUUUGCGAUUCACCUUGCUACCGGGAAAUUGUGGAUUGAAUUGGCACGGAGCUUCAGCGAGUCUGAAAUCCUCCCCAUUAAUCAUCUGGCACUAGCUGAGGCAAUCAUUGAUGACUACAUUCCACCAGUUCAACAAGCUGUCAACUCAAUAAAACCCUUUGAUCAAUCAGCGGAAGCAGCCAUUGUACAACUUAGCGAUCAAGUUCAUCACGUACAACAAAUGUCUUUGACCUUCAAAGAAACCAUUUUGGAAUUUACGGCCAAAUUUUCGAAGGCAAAGAAUAGAUUUGAGAGGCGAUCGAUCAACGACCGAAUUAUGGCAGUUGAUCGGUGUUUCAUCAAUCCGGUGGGCAUGCUCGGUGCACCACAGAGUCGCCACGUUUUGUUCUCGUUGAACGUUCUAAACGCGUCAAAAAGUGUGGAAACUUUUUUGGAGGACGCAAAAAUAUCGGCUCGACAAAUCUCAAUUGUUCACUAUUCGAUUCUUUGUGCUACAAAUGCUGUGAAAGAGUUUUUC